UGCUCAGGGGCUGAGCGCUACGUCAGCAGUGAUACCAAACAUGGCGGUGUCCGUGGCGCUAUCACCGGCUGCAGCUGCCUCAAUGUUGUUAUUAACUUUUGUCGCCACGUUAUUUAUUCACCGAAGUGUUGCCGAAAUUGACGCAGGUGCCUCGGCGACAGAGGAGACCCCUCACCGCCGCUUCGAGUACAAGUACAGCUUCAAAGGACCCCAUCUGUCUCAGAAUGACGGCUCGAUCCCAUUCUGGAUCCACACUGGAAAUGCCAUACCAAGUGCAGACCAGGUGCGAAUUACUCCAUCUCUCAGGAGCCAGAGGGGCUCAGUGUGGACGAAAAACAAAGUCAUCUUCCAGCACUGGGAAGCCGAGGUGACCUUCAGGGUAUCAGGACGAGGCAGAAUGGGAGCCGACGGUUUGGCCGUGUGGUUCACGACUGAACAAGGCCUCGAAGGCCCUGUGUACGGAGCCAGCGAUCAAUGGAAUGGCAUUGGGAUUUUCUUUGACUCCUUUGACAAUGAUGGGAAGAAAAACAACCCAGCUAUUAUUGUCGUGGGAAACAACGGCAAACUUGUUUACGAUCAUCAGAAUGACGGCACCACACAGGCCCUUGGAACAUGUCUACGAGACUUCCGCAACAAACCGUAUCCAGUCAGAGCCAAAAUAAUCUACUACCAGAAAACCCUGACGGUGAUGAUCAACAACGGUUUCACUCCAGACAGAGAGGACUACGAGUUCUGCACGAAGGUGGACAACAUGGUCAUUCCCACCGAAGGCUUCUUUGGCAUCUCAGCAGCCACUGGUGGUUUGGCAGACGACCAUGACGUCUUGUCCUUCUUGUUGUUCAGUCUCACGGAGCCCGGCCAGCAACCGCCCCCACCUGAAUCAGAUAUUCCUAAAGAGGAGCAGGACAAGUACCAAGAGGAAUUUCAGAACUUCCAGCAAGACCUGGACAAAAAGAAAGAGGAGUUUCAGAAGGAUCACCCAGAUGUCCAAGGAGAGCCACUGGAGGACCUGUACGAGAGCGUGAGUGACAGAGAGAUCCGUCAGGUGUUCGAAGGCCAGAACAGAAUUCACCUGGAGAUCAAACAGCUCCACCGACAGCUGGCCAUGAUCCUGGACGAGCAGCGCAGAUAUGUUUCUGUUAUCACCGAUGAGGUUUCCAAAAAAGCAACAAAUGCUGAAUCAGGACAGAUGGAUUCUGCCAGUCCACAGUUGGGCUCUAUUUUAACAACUCAACAGGAAGUUCUCACAAACUUAAAUGAGUUAAGAAACACAUUUUUGGAGUCACUGAAACAGAUCACCUCGGCCCAACACCAAGGAAAUGCUGCAGGUAUGGGAUCGUAUGAAACCAUUCAACACUUCAACGACAUCAAGGAACAUCUGCACACAGUGAAGAGGGAUGUGCAGAACCUGGUGCAGACCAAUGUUCAGAAUCCUGCUGAGAAGGCCGUGAAGUGCCCUGAGUUUCCCCCACUGCCUCCCUGCUUAUCAACUGUCCACUUUAUAAUCUUUAUUGUCAUCCAAUCGGUGCUGUUCUUCUGCUACAUCAUGUACAAAAGUCAACAGGAAGCUGCAGCCAAGAAAUUCUUUUGAUGAAACCUGUUUCUAAAACGAAACUGUAAAUGAGGGAAUGUCUGUUUUGGUGAUUUUUUUUUUUCAGACUGUAAGUUAUUAUAAAAAAAGUUUCUGUUGAUGGAGUUUUUUAAUUAAAAGCAGUUUUUUUUAUUUGAUCAGAAAAUCACAGUAUGAAUGCUAGUGUGAGAUUUAUCAUUCAGGAUUACCAACAUGAUGUUAUAUGUUCCAUACAGUAUUUCUUUUUUUGGUUGAUCGAAACCAAUUUGUUUUACCAACGCUGGAAUCUGCCACAGUCCUCUUUCAUGUCCCUGUACUAAAAAAAUAACCUGUGUUUUCAAAUGUGCUUUUUGUAUGAAACGACAAUGAAUUAUUGGAGAUUUGUUGGUCUGCUCCAGUUUAACUGCUUUGAUUGAGACAAAGCUUUCAGAAGAUUUCAGAUGUAUCCUCUUCCUGUACAAUUUACAUAAAGUCAGACAACAUUCUAA